UUUCCUAAUCCUAUUUCGCACUCUUUAGUCUUUGAUUUCUAGGGUUACCGUUGGAACUCGCCACGUACGGAGGCUCUAUCCACCGUCGAUAACCCUCCGAUGAAACGACAACAAUCUUCGGCGUCCAACUGCGUUCUCUGCGGCGCCAGCCAAACGCUCUCCGUCAUCAUCCAUAACGUUCGCUACCGUUCCAAAACCCAUAGCUACUGCACAAACUGCGUCCUCAGACAGCACCCUGGCACGUUCUGCCCUAUCUGCUUCGAACUCUUUGAUGAUUCUCUUCGACCUAACCUUCGCCUCAUGUGCGUUCGAUGUCCGUCUAUCGCUCACCGAUCCUGUGCGCUCCCCUCCACCGACGAUUCUGCUGCUGCCGCACCUGCUUUCCUGUGCCCCACGUGCGUCGACCCUAACAUCACAUUCUUCAAGCCUCCCGAUCGGGAAACUGGUGCCUGCGAUGUUGAGUCCGGCAAGGUGCUCGUUGCCGCCGCUCAGAUUGCUGCCUUGUCGAUGAGCAGGGCGGCGGCAGCGGCUCGUUUCGAGGCCGAGCGACGGGCGAGGGAAGCCGUCGUGGCGAAGAGGAGAGCCAAAGAGGCGGUGGAAAACUUUGAGGCUAUUGUGGCGAUGGAGGAAGGGGCUAUGACGGAGCAGAGGGGGAGUUCUGGUCGAAAUGCUCGCCGCCAUGCCCCAAGCUAG